UUAAAUGGUCUGCUGGAUUCCGAUGGCGAAGUCGAUCAUAGUCUAUCUCUAAAAAAUGGUUCUUAUAAAUCUGAGUGCUACCUCCAGCCGCCUGAUAUUGUAGGCUCCUCUAUUGCUUCCGUUUCCAUGACACAUAAUGUUGGGACCGUACUCUACAUCAGUCCGGAAAUAUUGGCGGAACGUCAUUGGCGAAGUGAAACAGGCCGAGGGCGCAUUGCUUAUGAUGAGGUUGUUUUUUAUUUUUUUUAUAAACUCACUUCUUAA